AUGUGUGCUGUGGCUUACUGUGCAGAUGUUGGGAACAUCAACACUAUCUAUACAACUAUCACACCAGAGACCAAUUCAUCUGGUAAUAUUGGAGGGGUGUAUUACUCAGUCCCCCGGUACCCUAAUAACUACCCUAAUAACGCACAAUGCACCUGGACCAUUCACAGCACAGGGAACACAACUGUGUCACUGAUCUUCACUGACGUUGAUUUGGAAACAUGCUGUGAUUACAUCAAAGUAUAUGAUGGUCCUUCUACCCUCCAUCCAUUUCUGGGAGAAAUACAGGAGUACAGGAACCAGUCUUUCAGAUCCAGCAGCAAUGAUCUGACUGUGUUAUUCUACAGUGAUCACAGUGUCACACACAGAGGAUUUCACGCAAACUGGGUCUUUAUAGAAUCAUGUGGUGGCUAUAUGACAGACUGGAUGGGUGAUUUGUCCAGUCCCUGGUACCCUAAUAACUACCCUGAUAACUCAUAUUGCACAUGGACCAUUCAUAGCACAGGGAACAUGACAGUGUCACUGACCUUCCCCGAUGUUGUGUAGGGCACUAUUUGAUAUUUCUAAUUUUGUAACUGAGACUCUAAUGAAACCUAUUACAUUUAUUUUAUUUUUUUUGUAAGAA